AUGGGUCUCUACGACGACAUGAGCACCUACUUCUCCGAGAACCCACGCACGCGCAACGCCCUCCUCGCCGGCUGCGCCGCGACCGCCGCCCCCCUCGUCGUCGUCCCCGCGCUCGGCGCCAUCGGCUUCGGCGCCGCGGGCGUCGUGGGCGGCAGCAUUGCAGCGGGCAUCCAGUCAGGCAUUGGCUCCGUCGGUGCUGGAAGCCUGUUUGCGUUCUGCCAGAGCGCGGCCAUGGGCGGGUAUGGCGCUGCGGCGCUAGGGACCGCGGCGACGACGUCGGGCCUGUUGACGGGUGGCGGGGCGGCCGUGGUGGCGGUCGAUGCGUUGAGAAGACGGGGUGGCGGGGAUGGUGGGGAUGGUGAUGAGGAUGGAGCGGCGGCGGGGUUGUUGGAGCAGGGGCAGGGGCAGGAUAAUGAGGACGGUGGCGAGGGGAGGAGCGAGAAGCAAAGACUCGAGGGCGUGGAGAAGACUGAGAAGGAGAAGAGCUCUGGCUCGGACUCGGACUCGGACACUGAGGACGAGGAUAACUAUUACGGCUCCGACAACUCGUCGGCCACAGACAGCGGCAAGCACACGCCGGAGCAGCGGCGGAUGAAGCGGUUCCGCAAGGUCAGGCGCGAGGCACGGGAUGCGGCAGAGCUGAGGCAGGAGCGGGAGCGUGCGGAGGCGCGGGAGGAGAGGAAGCGGGCCAAGCAGUGGAAGGAGAUGGUUUCGCGGAGGGAUGCGAGGGAGGCCGCUAAGAGGAGAGAUGCGAGCGUGGCAUAUAGUGUUGUGACUGAGUCGGAGUGCGGUGGGGCGGAUACCCCUUGUGGGAGUGAUGCUGACGAUGAGGAGUAG